GCGCGCAUGCCUGGGUCGUUGCGGGGGGGUGGGGGGCGGGCGUCACAGGUCCUGACAGGGAAGAAGUUGGCAGGUCCUGGCAGGGGACGAGCUGCGGUGGCGGCACCUCAGGGUAUGGAAGGCUCCAGUGAGAUGGAGUCGCGAGUCGCGGACGCUGGGGCCGGUGAGACUGCGAGAGCAGCGGGCGGCGGUCCGGCAGUUGGCUGCACCACUCGGGGGCCCGUAGUCUCGGCGCCCCUGGGAGCCGCCCGGUGGAAGCUCCUGCGGCAGGUUCUGAAGCAAAAACACCUGGAUGAUUGCCUGCGACAUGUAUCUGUAAGAAGAUUUGAAUCAUUUAAUCUGUUUUCAGUAACAGAAGUCAAAGAAAGGGAAACUGAAAAGGAGGUUGGUGCAUGGGUCCAAUAUACAAGCAUCUUCUGUCCUGAAUACAGUAUCUCCAUAAGGCAUAAUAGUGGAUCCUUGAAUGUUGAAGAUGUCCUUACCAGCUUUGACAAUACAGGAAAUGUUUGUAUCUGGCCAUCCGAAGAGGUGUUGGCUUACUACUGCCUCAAGCACAGUAAUAUAUUCAGGGCCCUUGCUGUGUGUGAGCUAGGGGGUGGCAUGACAUGCUUGGCUGGGCUCAUGGUUGCUAUUUCUGCAGAUGUCAAAGAAGUUCUGUUAACUGAUGGGAAUGAAAAGGCCAUCAGAAAUGUGCAAGACAUCAUCACAAGGAAUCAGAAGGCUGGUGUUUUUAAGACUCAGAAAAUAUCAAGCUGCGUUUUACGAUGGGAUAAUGAGACAGAUGUCUCUCAACUGGAAGGACAUUUUGACAUUGUUAUGUGUGCUGACUGCCUGUUUCUGGACCAGUACAGAGCCAGCCUUGUUGAUGCAAUAAAGAGAUUACUCCAGCCCGGGGGGAAAGCGAUGGUAUUUGCCCCACGCCGAGGGAAUACUUUAAACCAGUUUUGCAAUCUAGCUGAAAAAGCUGGUUUCUCUAUCCAAAGACAUGAAAAUUAUGAUGAACACAUUUCAAACUUCCACUCCAAGUUGAAAAAGGAAAACCCGGACAUAUAUGAAGAAAACCUUCAUUACCCGCUUCUGCUUCUUUUAACCAAACACGGAUAGAAGAUUAAGCUUCUCAAAGACGAAGAAAAAUAUCAAGUGCACAGGGAAUAUUUUUACAAAAACAGCAAUCUGUAAUGGGUAUAAUCGCCUGCCUGCCCCCUUUGCAGCAUUUCACGUGUGGGCUAUGGCCUCCACCUGUCCUCACCCACGUUAUUCCCCAGCUGCCCUCUCCAGCUCCCUCCCUGCCUCUUUUUACACUCUGCUUGUUGCUCUUCCUGCCCUAAACCUUUGUUUGUCUUUAAAUAUGUAUAAACUGCCUAUCUGUGACUUGAAUUUGACUGGUGAACGACCUAUUUUUCCCUCUAAUUGAGAGAGAAUUUCUUUUGAUAAUACCCAUCCCUCCUUAAAUUUUUUUUUUGGGGGGGGUCUUUGUUCUGUUUUGGUGGUGGUAGUUUUUAAUCAGUAAACCCAGCAAAUAUCAUGAUUCUUUCCUGGUUAAAAAAAUAAAGCAUAUCGUUUUAUCUCCCUCCAA